AUGGAAGACUUCAACUACAACCCGGGAGUUGUUGUAGUACGCGCCAAGCCAGAAGGACAGCGGAAGACAUUUAAACCGAAUAUUCGUGCAGUUAAUAAAAUCCCUAAUGAGUUAUUAAACGACCCCUUGCUGAAUAGAGCUUGUGAAUCUUUGCCACAAAAUUAUAACUUUGAAAUACAUAAGACAAUAUGGAGAAUAAGGUCAUUAGAUGCGAAACGUGUGGCUCUACAAAUGCCUGAAGGUCUGACAAUGUUUGCAACUACAUUGUGUGAUAUAAUAGAAACAUUUACUGAUGCGGACACUGUUAUAAUGGGAGACGUGACUUACGGUGCUUGCUGCAUUGAUGACUUCACUGCCAUAGCGCUGGGUGUAGAUUUACUUGUACACUAUGGCCAUUCCUGUCUAAUACCCAUAGAUCAAACCAGUGAUAUAAAAGUUCUUUAUAUAUUUGUAGAUAUCAAAAUUGACCCUUCGCACUUUGUAGAGACAAUUAAACUAAACUUUCCAAAACAUAGUCAUAUAGCAUUAGUAAGUACUAUUCAAUUUGUUACAACAUUGCAUUCAGUUGCUAAACAUCUGAGAAGUGAAGAUUAUAUUGUAACUGUGCCGCAAUCAAAACCCUUAUCCCCAGGUGAAAUUCUUGGCUGUACAGCCCCUAAAUUAGAUGCUGGAGCUAUUAUAUACCUUGGUGAUGGUAGGUUUCACUUGGAAGCCAUAAUGAUAGCUAACCCCAACAUACCAGCUUAUAAAUAUGAUCCUUACGAAAAGAAAUUUACUACAGAACUGUAUGAACACCAGUUAAUGCAGUCUAACAGAAAUAAUCAAAUAUCUGUAGCCAAAGAUGCUGCCCGGUUUGGUCUCAUUCUUGGCACAUUGGGAAGACAAGGCAGCACUAAGGUUUUAAGUAAUUUAGAAAAGCAAAUUCGUAAUUCUGAUAAAACAUUUGUCAAAAUACUUCUGUCAGAAAUUUUUCCUAGCAAAUUAAUGUUGUUUGGACUUGAUGCAUUUGUUCAAGUAGCAUGUCCAAGAUUGUCUAUUGAUUGGGGGGUAGCUUUUUCCCAACCAUUGUUGACUCCUUAUGAGUUUUCUGUGUCAUUAGGGAAUAGUAAAUGGUUGAAAGAAGAUGGUACUUAUCCAAUGGAUUUCUAUUCAAAUGAUAGUUUAGGCCCUUGGACACCUAAUUAUAAGCCUGUUUUAUGUUCGGGUACUGAUAAAAAAUGUGAUAGCUGUUGUGGUGCUAAAAACUAA